UCCCACACGUGUGGGAGAAAUUGAUAAGAAAAAGAUAUUUAUGAACCUCAAUCAAUGACAAUCAUCAACGACUCUCCAUUUCCCGCUAUGGAACCAGUGAAGAGAACUCAAGUAGCAGUAGCAUUAGCUUCUAAGUUCUCAAACUUGUAAUCUAAACAUAGCAUAGCAUUAGCUUAGGGUUUUCGCUUUGCAAUCGAACGCUGAGACCAAAUGGCUGCUUUUACUUCUCUCUCCUUCUCUCCUUGCAUCCUCUAUCUCCGUCCAAAACCAACCACGCUUUCCGUUUCCGUUUCACUUUCUGCGCUCCAUGGCAGUGAUGGAUCUAACUCUAGAGUACCUCGCAAAAGAACAAGAGGAAUAGAAGGUCCUCGAAAAAGCAUGGAAGACUCUGUUCAACGCAAGAUGGAGCAAUUUUACGAAGGAUCUGAUGGUCCACCACUUCGUAUUCUCCCUAUUGGUGGCCUCGGUGAAAUUGGGAUGAAUUGCAUGCUUGUUGGUAACCAUGACCGUUAUAUCCUCAUUGAUGCUGGUGUCAUGUUUCCAGACUAUGAUGAACUUGGAGUUCAGAAGAUUAUGCCUGAUACAACAUUUAUAAGAAAAUGGAGCCACAAAAUUGAAGCGCUUGUUAUAACACAUGGUCAUGAAGAUCAUAUUGGUGCCUUGCCUUGGGUCAUCCCAGCAUUGGAUUCCAAUACACCAAUUUUUGCUUCUUCCUUUACAAUGGAGCUUAUAAGAAAACGUCUGAAGGAGCAUGGUAUUUUUGUUCCGUCUAGACUUAAAGUAUUUAGAACAAAGAAGAAGUUUGUGGCCGGGCCUUUUGAGAUAGAACCUAUCAGGGUGACCCAUUCUAUUCCUGAUUGUUGUGGACUAGUUCUUCGCUGUUCUGAUGGUACUAUUCUUCACACUGGGGACUGGAAGAUUGAUGAGACACCACUAGAUGGGAAAGUCUUUGAUCGUGAUGCUUUAGAGGAACUCUCUAAAGAAGGAGUAACAUUGAUGAUGAGUGAUUCAACAAAUGUAUUGUCGCCUGGAAGGACAACCAGUGAAUCUGUUGUGGCAGAUGCAUUAUUGAGGCAUAUUUCAGCUUCUAAAGGAAGGGUUAUUACAACCCAAUUCGCAUCAAAUCUACAUCGGCUUGGAAGUGUGAAAGCUGCUGCUAAUUUAACUGGCAGAAAGUUGGUAUUUGUUGGCAUGUCUUUAAGGACGUAUUUAGAUGCAGCUUGGAAGGAUGGAAAGGCUCCAUUUGAUCCAUCCACUCUGGUGAAAGCAGAGGAUAUUGAUGCUUAUGCUCCAAAGGAUUUGCUAAUUGUAACAACAGGCUCUCAAGCAGAACCACGUGCUGCUUUGAAUCUUGCAUCUUAUGGAAGUAGUCAUGCUUUCAAACUAACUAAGGAAGAUGUUGUUUUGUAUUCAGCAAAGGUUAUCCCUGGUAAUGAGUCUCGUGUGAUGAAAAUGCUAAACCGCAUAUCAGAGAUAGGAUCAACAAUAGUUAUGGGGAAAAAUGAAGGUCUGCACACAUCUGGUCAUGCAUACCGUGGAGAAUUGGAGGAAGUACUUAGAAUAGUGAAGCCACAACAUUUUCUUCCCAUACAUGGAGAACUCUUGUUCCUGAAGGAACAUGAAUUACUUGGAAAAUCAACUGGCAUUCGGCACACUGCUGUUAUUAAGAAUGGAGAGAUGCUUGGUGUUUCACAUUUGAGAAAUAGAAAAGUCCUUUCUAACGGUUUCAUUUCCCUUGGAAAAGAGAAUUUACAGUUGAAAUAUAGUGAUGGCGACAGAGCAUUUGGUACAUCAAGCGAACUCUUCAUUGAUGAAAGAUUGAGAAUUGCAUUAGAUGGCAUCAUUGUGGUUAGCAUGGAAAUAUUUCGCCCUAAAAAUUUAGAGAGUUUGGCUGAAAACACCUUAAAAGGGAAGAUAAGAAUUACCACAAGAUGCCUAUGGCUUGACACAGGGAAAUUAAUGGAUGCACUCUAUAAAGCUGCUCAUGCAGCUCUUUCAAGCUGCCCUGUAAACUGUCCACUGGCUCACAUGGAAAGAACUGUGUCUGAGGUGUUGAGGAAGGUGGUGAGGAAGUACUGUGGUAAACGGCCUGAAGUUAUUGCCAUUGCCAUAGAAAAUCCUGCAGCCGUUCUUGCUGAUGAGAUAAACACAAAAUUGUCUGGCAAAUCCCAUGUGGGUCCUGGAAUAUCAACAUUAAGAAAAGCGCUGGAUGGACAUGGGAAGGAAAAUCAGACAGUCACGCUGCAAAUAAGAGAUGAUGAUGGCAUUGCUAUUGACGGACAACUACCUGAGGAAGACACAACUACUUCAAGUGGAGUUCAGGGUGAUUUAUUUGAUUCAGAGGAUUCAGAUGAAUUUUGGAAACCAUUCAGUGCACCAUUACCAGUUGAGAAGUCAAUCAAAGCUAACAAUGGUUAUGUUUCACACAAGGAGCAUAAGCGCAAUCUGAAGAAAGAUGAUUAUGAAGACAUUGACGAAGCCAAGUCAGAAGAAACGUCUAAUUCUGAACCCAAGUCUUCAAUAUCAAUGAAGAGAAAUAAAUGGAAAACUGAGGAAAUUAAGAAGCUGAUUGGCAUGCGCAUGGAACUACGUGACAGAUUUCAAAUUGUGAAGGGACGGAUGGCCCUCUGGGAAGAGAUAUCUCAAAACUUGAUGGCUGAUGGGAUCAGCAAAAGUCCUGGACAGUGCAAAUCUUUGUGGACAUCUUUGGUACUAAAAUAUAAGGAGAUCAAGAAUGAGAAGGAUAGCGAGAAAAGUUGGCAAUAUCUUGAGGACAUGGAAAGAGUAAUAUCUGAUAGCGAAGCACCGGCAACAAAAUGAUUUGAAACGUGGUUGACGGGAUAAGAAAUAUUUUGGAGAGCUUUCUACAUUAAAAUUAAUGUCAAGUCUGAGCAUGCUGACCGGGAAGUUAAUCCAUCGAUUGCAUGAUUCUUGUAACGUGGACUCAUGACAUUGAAGAUCCUUAGUAUUUUGAGGGCUGAAGGGGUAACAGACAACAUAUUAGGGAUUGGCUUCUAUACUAACACCAGCUAAUGAGGGGAAGUAUCUGGGUUUAAGGGAUGUCUUAUUCCACCUAAAAUACCAGCCCCCUUUUUUUGUUUCCUUUGUUUAAUAUUUAUGUGAUAAUUAAUUUCAUUAUUUUUGUUGAUGGCACAUGUUGGGUGCCAUGAGCAACCAUGGAAAAGUCUUUUGCUUUUUGGCAACAGACAACAUUGAGUAGUG